UUUGCUCUUCAACAUCCUGGAGAAAGAAAAGAAAAGAAACUCAUACAAAACAAAAGAAUCGAUUGAUAGUUUGAAGAAGGUAAGAAUCUAAAAAUGCUAGGAGGAGCAAAGAAAACAGGAGAGUCCAUUAAGGAGACAGCUGCCAACAUUGGUGCUUCAGCCAAAUCUGGCAUGGAAAAGACCAAGGCCACUCUUCAGGAGAAGACAGAGAAGAUGACGGCACAUGAUCCUUUGCAAAAGGAGAUGGCAACCCAAAAGAAAGAAGAAAGGGUUAACCAGGCUGAACUUGAUAAAGAGGCGGCGCGUGAACACAACGCUGCAGCCACCACCGGGCACCAAUUGGGGCAGGGUGGACACCAUACCUCGGGAACUGGUGGGGCUGCUCAAACGAGGAGACAGUUUGGGCUGUGAGUCACUGAGUCACAGGGUAUGGAACUAGUGGUACUUAACAUUAAGUUACAGCAGUUAUAGUUAUUGUGUAUCAAUAAAGUAACAUAAGAAGGUUUAGUACCCUGGUGUAAGGUUGUUUCAUAUUUGGUCGUUGUCUUGUUUCUCUUAUUUCAUUUUCUCUUUUUGUGAAGUUCCUAAUUUUACGUGGAACGUUCUGUAUCAUCGACUUGUAAUUUCACUUUGUUUCAAUAAAAAUAUAAGUUUAGCAUAA